AGCGUCCUUAUGAGUAUUAUUAAAUUGCUCGUGCACGCGAACUUUUCGCAUUAGUGUUGGGAUUUAUUAUCCCGGAUUCUAAUAGAAUAAAUCUGCAACCUUAAGAAAUUAUAAUAUAAAUAGUUCAAAGAUCUUUAAUAGGGAACACGGUGAAAUAUGGCAGGGUUCAGCAGCGGCCUCAAGCUCACAGACUUGGACGACUUCAUAACUCCUUCCCAGGAAUGCAUCAAGCCCGUGGCGCCCGUGCCUCUCCCCGUGGGUAAGGGCGCCAUCCGCCUGGAGGAGGACACCGCCGCCCCCGUGGUGGCCAAGAAGGCGGCCAUCAGCCUGAGCGACUGCCUGGCCUGCAGCGGCUGCGUCACCUCAGCCGAGGUGGUGAUGGUGACGCAGCAGAGUCACCAUCAGCUGCGACAGGCGCUGAUGGACAAGGACAAGGAGGUCGUGGUGUCCAUAAGCUGUCCUCCCUUUAAUUAUUAUUAUUGCUACCUGAGGCAGCUGGGCGCAUGCGCGGUGUGGGACAGCAACGUGGCGCGGUCGCUCGCUCUGCGCGACGCUGCGCGCGAGUUCGCCGACGCCUUCACGCGCGACCCCGCGCGCCUGCCCAUUAUAUGCGCCUCGUGUCCUGGCUGGGUCUGCUACGCAGAGAAGACGCAGCCCCAGCAGGUGCUAGACCGCCUGAGCGCCGUGCGCAGCCCCCAGCAGAUCAUGGGCGUCCUCGUCAAGAAGCUCUGGGCGCCCGCCACCAACAGGGAGAACGCGGACCUGCAGGAGGCGAGCCUGAGCGUAGGAGGGGAGGAGGUGGUGCGCGUGUGCCGCGCGUACGGCUUCCGCAACCUGCAGAACAUCGUACAGAGACUGAAGCGCGGCAAGACGGCCUACCACUACAUCGAAGUGAUGGCCUGUCCAUCAGGUCAGUCUACAGUGAAGUGAUGGCCUGUCCAUCAGGUCAGUGCAGAGACUGAAGCGCGGAAAGGCGGCCUACCACUACAUCGAAGUGAUGGCCUGUCCAUCAGGUCAGUCUACAUCGAAGUGAUGGCCUGUCCAUCAGGUCAGUCUACAUCGGAGUGAUGGCCUGUCCAUCAGGUCAGUCUACAUCGAAGUGAUGGCCUGUCUAUCAGGUCAGUCUACAUCGAA